GGCUCGAUCGUCCGCUGCCCCCGCCUCCGUCUGCUCCCUCGGGCCCUGUGUCCGGCGGGCGUCCUCAGCCGCUUUGCCGUCCGGCCCCGGGAAGGGCGCCGGGGAAGAGCGUCCGAAAGAAGACUUCACGCCCUCAGUCGGUUUCCGGGAAGAGACUGCGGAAGUCUGGGUGCUUGCGGAAGUUUGCACCUGCCUCUUACCCAUUUCAUUCGAGAGGCCAGCAGUAAGUGCAAUGCUUUUUUAAACAAGCCAAAAAUCUAUCGAAUAUAUAGUAGUACUUAAAUGAAGAAAGUUAGAAGAACAACCAGAAUUCCAACUGAUAAUUAUAACUUGCAGACACUGAUGAGCCUGUCACUCAAUUCAAGUCAACCUUCUUCAUCAGAGUUGAUGGAGCUUCAUGUUUUUUAUGUCCCUGAAGGAUCAUGGAACUAUAAGUUAAAUACUAUAUCAAUAGAAGUUGCUAACAAAUUUAUUUCUGCUGGAUUUAUAAGAGUGUCUCCUCAACUUACUUUACGGGCCCUGAGAUUGCGCCUUGGUGAGUUCCUUGGUGAAGAUGCUGUUGCAGAAAAAUUUUUCUUUCUAAAAUGCAUUGGAAAUAAUUUAGCUGUGGUGAAGGAAAGGCAAGAAUCAGAACUAAAACUCAAAUCAUUUGCUCCUCCAUAUGCUCUUCAACCAGAAUUAUAUUUGCUUCCUGUAAUGGACCAUUUAGGAAACGUUUAUUCAGCAUCAUCAGCAGUUACUUUAGAUGGGCUGCAAACUAAUAACGAUAUUGCUGAGAUUGAUGGAACAAUCCAGAGACCAGUUAGUGUAACUUUGUCGAAGGAAGAACCUGGAAGAAUUCCCAGUUCUUUAGAAAACAUUUUGAAAGAACUUUUUAGCAAGAAUCAAGAAGAAGCAUCAGUUAAGAAAAAAGCUACUCCAAACAAAAGCCAGAAUGCAAACAGUCACAUAGAAAAUUCUAAAUUGCCAGCAUCUUUGGAAGAUUCAAAUGAUUAUUUUCACAACCAAAAAAGUCAAUUUCUUUGGAAAAAUGAAGAUCAAAUCAUCAACAGAAGACAGGACAAUCAGAUAGGUGAAAAGGAGCAUGUCCUUUUGCUAGACCUUAUUGAUUUCCCUUCACUUCCUUGUCAACGACAACCUGUUCUUUCCUCAGGAGUAACAGAUAUCUCUUUAUUACAAAGUGAGAGAGAAAAAAUUAUUGAACAAAUGAAACAAAUAAAGGAAGAAAGAAGAUAUCUGGAAAGAAUUACAGAAGAACUAAUAAAAAAAGCUGAAAAGCUAUUUGAACAGAACAAAUUGAAGAGAUAUCAAGGUUGUGAUGGUUGGAAGAAAAAAUACUUUGAAACAAAGAAAAUCACAGCAUCAUUGGAGGAGGUUUUAACAAAACUUCGAGAAGAUUUGGAACUUUACUAUAAAAAAUUGCUUACGCAACUGGAAGCCAGGGAGAUCAAAAUGAAACCAAAGAAUGUGGCAAACAUUGCAGACUCCAAGAAUUACCUUAUAAUCCAGAUCACUGAGGUACAACAUGCAAUUGACCAGCUUAAGAGAAAACUGGAUACUGAUAAAAUGAAACUCAUAAUAGAAGUUAAGAUGAGAAAACAAGCAGUUUCAGAUUUACGAGCACUGAAAACUGAACUGGUACAGAAGAAAAUUAGUCCAUCUUUUCAAUCUCUUUUAGUUCCUGGAAGUGUGCCUAGCUAGGACCUGAACAGAUGAUUUUGUUUACAAUAAAUCAGCCAAAUCAAAAGGUAAUGACAUGAAGGAGGAAAGUACUUCCUUUUCUAGGUGUUAUAGACAUGAUUCUAAGAGGCUGUUAGAGUUGAUUAACACGGUGAUUAACACGGUUAUACCUGAAUAAGAACUAUAAACUAGGUUCUCUUAUAUGCAGCUUCUAUCCUGUACACAUCUCUGUCAGUAAGCACUCCAGCUACUGGUUAAAGGAUCAAGGACAGAGCAUAUCUAGGCAAAAAAGUAAAGGAAAUACAAAAAAAAUAUAGGAGGUAGAAACAGAAAGACCUGUGGCUAAAUAUAAUUUACUAAUUUUUAUACACAUCUGGGAAACUUCUUAAAGGCAAUUCUGAAUGAAAGCCAUUUAUAUGUUUAUUUAUGAUAGCCCUACCAGAGUGAGAACAAUAGUUAUUGGUAAAUGAAUAAGCUGUGGCAUAUUUAAAUGUAGUAAAUAAAUUACAUAUGAGCAUAUCUCACCCUAUAUCAGUAUUCUAUUAUUUAACAUUUUUAAAGAUACAUAAAGCUAUGCAUGCUCUAUUAACUAUUGUAAUCUCACUUUUAAAAGCCAACUUAUAGCACUUCUACAUAAAUAUGAAUGACUUUUUAAGAGUAUGGAACAAAGCCACACUCCAUCUGCUAUCAUUCUAGCUUUUGAGAUACUGUUAGAAAGAUAGAUAUUGUUAGAAAGGUAGAUAUUGUUUGAGCUUUUGUGAUAGUUAUGAAAUUUUCAAGUAUCUCUAAAUAGUGAAGAAUUAAUGGGUAAAUACUGAUUUAGGCAUGGUUAAGGUGUACCUAAUACCUUCCAAAGUAUUGAGUCCAAGAUAAAGCUACUGUUGGUGAAACAGCAUACGAAGGCAGAGGACUCUCUUCAAACACAAGAGAAACUUGAUUUUGGUUACUCAGGAA